AAUCGGCGUCCGUCUGCCAGAGCAAUACAAACACGAGGACCCGCAGCAGUUUUAGGUGUUUAAUCUCUUAUCUCGACAAGGACGGCGCCAAGAGAGAAAUAUGGUGUCUCCGGUAACCGUGGUCAAAAGUGAAGGCCCUAAACUGGUGCCAUUCUUCAAGUCGACGUGUGUAUACUUCGUCCUGUGGCUGCCCACCUCGAGCCCGUCCUGGUUCAGUGCCCUCAUCAAAUGUCUGCCCAUCUUCUGCUUGUGGGUAUUCCUGCUGGCUCAUGGAUUCAGCUUCCUCUGUGAUCACUCCAGCGCCCGUAAGAUCCUGGCUGGACUGAUCUUUUCAGCUCUGGGUGAUGCCUUUCUUAUCUGGCAGGAGCAGGGCUACUUUGUUCACGGCCUUUUGAUGUUCGCCAUCACCCACAUCCUUUAUUCAUCUGCCUUUGGGAUGAAGCCAGUAAAUGUGCACGCUGGCUUCGGGCUCACUGUUGCAUCCUCUCUGUGUUAUUUGAUGCUGUACCCCUACCUGAGCGCCCCCUUCACCUACCUGGUGGCCGUCUACAUCGCUUUGAUCGGCUUCAUGGGCUGGAGAGCCGUGGCGGGCUUGCAGCUGGCUAAUGACCUCUGGACCUGGACCAAGCUGUCUGCUUGCCUGGGCGCGGUGCUCUUCAUCGUCUCUGACCUCACCAUCGCAGUCAACAAGUUCUGCUUCCCCGUGCCCUACUCUCGAGCCAUCAUCAUGGCCACCUACUACGCCGCCCAGAUGCUCAUAGCUCUUUCGGUCGUGGAGUGUCAAGACGUGGAGAUUUCCAGGAAGAGAACAUGAGAGGAAGCCCUCUCCGAGGGGGAGACGGCGGCUCCAGCUCCGGCCCCGAGUGAUCAUGGACACAUCUCACUGCCAGAUCCCCAACAACCGGUCUUCAUCUUGGUGUGGCACUCACCACACUACUAUUACCAUGACGGUUGAUCCACUACAUGACUAUCAUCCAGCCGAUCCACCAGUAUAGUAGUCUCUUCUCAAGAAAACACGGUAGUAUUCUCUUCAGCUAUUCCUUGACUAUCCAAACCUAGAAAAGGUUGUUUGUCAACCCAGUUAGAAACCCAGGCGUAGAAAUAAUACCACAUUCGAUAGAGUGUUACAUUUUGUUUGGAUUUCUAGAGAGCUAGUGGUUGAGUACUUUCAAGGAGCGUGUACAGUAUGGUACAGAGACUGUGUGUAUUUACACGACUGGUUAACACUCGCUUUCCACACAGUCCUCACACUGGGCUUCAUGCAAGAACCAUUCGUACGCACAGAUUUGUUCUUAAAUUGUGCGUACGAGUGAUUGAGGAGAAUUUGUGCUAUUCACCAAUUUUUUUGUAUUCUAAGAUUUUCUUCAGAUAUGAACAAAAUUCAUGAGUGGUCCAGACCUGUCGUAUAUUUUACA